GAACGUGAGGUGUUUAUUGUUAUGUAGCGGGGUGGACGGACCGGUCCUGCUGAAAACCCCCCUGUUUAUUGUUCUUCUUUUGAAUUAUGUAGCAAACGUAUUUUGGUUAAAAUGGACUAUUCGGAAUCGGUUUGUACGUGGUUUAAAAAUGGAAAGGCGAAGUGUUGGAAAGCGCGGAGAGGAAAAAGAGUCAGUACCGGGAGUAGAAAGGGAGUUCAGGGGAUUAUGGACAGGGCAGUUUACCGGAGAGCUCGUGUUUUAUUUACACACUGAUACACGGUUUACAAAGCGGCGUCGGAUGUUUGUUUCUCACACGCUUGAUACGUGACUGCGACGCUUUAACGUGUCCUGGUUAACGCUUUGUUACGUUCGGCGUGUGAUCCGCUCUGUUUGUCACCACAGACGUGUCCUUCUGUCGCCCGAAUUCUCGCUCUAAAUACUGUUUAUUUCUCAUUUCCUAUAUCAUCUUUAAACUUUUUAUGCUUUUGCUAAAUGGUUCUACAAGUGUCGUCCCGUGUAGCACAGAUCGCGAGGUGUGUGUGUGGGAGAGAGAGAGAGAGAGAGAGAGAGAUCCGGAUUGUGAGAUAUUUACGUAAUUGAUAGGCGAUUAAAGAGGGAGCGCGCGAGCACGUGCGUUCUGGUUAAUGACUUCACGUUUCAUUACGACGUGUAAAAUGCACGUUCUCUACAUUUGACGUCAAGGCCUGGCCGGAUACGUUGCUUUUAUGUAGUCAUUCCAGCAUCAGGUUUAUUGCCAGGUACCGUAGGGUCUACAUGUACAGGAAUUAGUGUAUUAUUAUUAUUAUUAUUAUUUUUAUUAUUAUUAUUAUUAUUACUACAUAUAACAUAUAUAUUACACGAGGUAGCGAUUUGAUCACCAAAGUCUUGUACUUAGAAAUGUUCACGUUUCUUAGUAUUUAUUUUUUUGUGUAGAUAAUAGAUAAGGAUUUAAUUAAUCAAGGAUGGACACUGAGGUCCAGAGUUGUUCCGAGCAUUUUACGCACGAGGCGAACGCAGCCGGUGUGUGCACAGAAAUGCUGGAAGUGGCUGAAGAAGCGAGUCGGGCCGGAGAUUACGAGCUGGCUAUUGAGAUCUAUUCAUCUCAGCUCUCCGAGCUCCACCAGCCUGAUCGGGGGCUUUGCCUACGCAAAGCAGACGCUUUAGCUCGCGCCGGGAGGAUCGCCGAGGCUUUGGACUCGUACUGCAUCGCCGCGGACCUGCAUAGGCUCCGUGCCGAGGAGCUGCGGCUCUUAGUGGAGAGUAUUGCGCGCACAAUCCGCGUCAAGGAGCUGCAGCCGAGCGCGAGUUCGGCCACCUGUUCAGACCUGGACGAGCUCGAGCAUGAGCACAAGAUCGAUAUGUUUUCGUGUCGCCUCUGCAAGUGUUUGUUAUCCGAGCCAACGACGCUAGUGUGCGGUCACACGUUCUGUAAACGGUGCCUGGAGGACGCGGGCGUCAACGAAUGCAAGUCGUGCCGCACGAACACGAACAAAUCGUGGUGCACCAGCGGCCUGCGGUCAAACGUUAUUCUCAGCAGCCUGAUCGACAAGUGGUUCGAGUCGGAAAGUAAAUCCAGGAGGUGCUGGAUGGAAGGGGAAAGCUUGUGGAAAAAACAAGAGCUACAAGGUGCACUGGAAAAGUAUAACCAAGCUGUGGAUUUAGCGUCUUCCAUCGUUAGUUUGCUAGCACAGCGAGCCGAGCUACACAUGGACAUGAAGAACUUUAACCAAGCGAUCCAGGAUGCCGACAGCAUUUGCCGCCUCCUACCAGCAUCACCAAAGCAGGCCCACUACAUUAGAGCCAAAGCACUUUGCUGUGUUGGCCGCAGAGAAGAGACGUUGCAGGAGUAUUUUAUCUGUGUAGCACUCAAGCCAGACUGGACUUCUGUCAAGUCAGAGGCACAGAAGAUCCUGUGCGAGAUGUUUUCAUCCAUUUUUCAGAACGACGGUCUGGUCACUCGCCUCCAUCCGCUUCAAACCUCAAGCUCAUCCCCUCGCAUCAAACCUUCGUCACUUCUCGGCUCUCUUCACUUUCCCCCGACAAGGGACGGAGCCAGAGCUGGCUGCUCCAAAGACCCUGCACUAGGUAGUAACAAAGCUUGCGACGGUUCGAGUUCCUCUUCCUUAAAUCAGCCAGAGAGCAGCAUCGAAGAAUCUAAAAGCCUGGCAGCAGUGCUCUCCUCCCUCCCCGUGGCUUCUGGUGUGAAAAGAAAGUGCUUGGCUGAUGAUGGUGUCUUUCUGCCUCCCAGCAAGAUUCUCAAAGCAGAUCCACCGAACUCUUCACAGACGACCCCUGUCCAGUACGGGACGAGGACAGUACCGUCUCAUCUCUUGGACAGUGCAGACAUGGAGUGUUCUUUAUGCAUGAGGUUGUUCUACGAGCCUGUCACCACUCCCUGUGGACACACCUUCUGUCUCAAGUGUCUGGAACGUUGCCUGGAUCAUAACCCCAACUGUCCUCUAUGCAAAGAGAACCUUUCAGAGUAUCUUGCCACAAGAGGGUUCAAAAAGACUUUCCUGAUGGAGGAGGUACUUCAGCUCUAUUUGCGUGAGGAGCUGGAAGAGAGGAGGAAAGUGCAUGAAGAAGAAAUGAAAGAACUGUCCAACUUGAACCAAGAAGUUCCUAUCUUUGUCUGCACCAUGGCAUUUCCCACAAUCCCCUGCCCGCUGCACGUAUUUGAGCCUCGCUAUAGGCUGAUGAUCCGCAGGGCCAUGGAAACAGGAACCAAGCAGUUUGGCAUGUGCAUUUCAGACGAACUGAAAGGUUUUGCAGAUUAUGGCUGCAUGCUGGAGGUGAAAGACGUGAAGUUCUUCCCUGACGGUCGCUCGGUGGUCGAUACGGUUGGCAUGUCUCGUUUCAAAGUGCUCAGCCAUGGUCAGAGAGACGGCUACAACACGGCCAAGAUCGAAUAUUUGGAGGACAAGAAGGUGGAAGGAGAGGAAUUAUCCGAGCUCCUGAAGCUGCAUGACUCGGUGUAUGAUCAGGCCACAGCCUGGUUCACAUCUCUCAAAGACAACAUGAAAAGCCAGAUCCUGAGCCACUUUGGUCACCUACCUGCAAAAGACCCCAACCCACAGGGGAACCCGAGUGGGCCGGCGUGGUGCUGGUGGCUCUUGGCUGUGCUGCCUCUAGAGAAUAAAGCUCAGCUCACCAUUUUGGCAAUGACAUCACUGAAAGACCGACUCCUCGCCAUCCGCCGCGUGCUCAUCUUCGUCACCAGGAAGCGCCCUCGAUGACCUUGGCCUUCCUCGAUCCUCACCGUCGUCAUAGUCACUGUCUAUUCAGGAGCCACAAGAAAGGUAGCGGGCCACUGAAGCAGCUUGUCGAGUCUCUCAUCAUCCGUAACCACUCGCCGAACCAUUAACUCGCACGCACAGGCUCUACAGUGCACAGUCCCUGUUGAUUUACACAAAAACAAAAAAGACUGACCGUAGCUAAAGACGUAAAAACUGAAAGAGGAAGCCCUGUGCUGAUAACCGAACGCUGUGAACAUGCCACUCCUGCUUUGUGCCUCGUACGUGUGUAAGGCUAACCAAAUGCAUCUCAUGGGUUUCCGGUAUGUUUACUGGUCCAGUGGCCUGCUUGUGGUUCACACAUCAUGUACUAGUUAAGCCUGCACACAACAUUUUAUUACCUCCUUUGAAAAACCAGUCUUGCAAGCCACACAUUGCACAAAUCUUCAUUACAGGCACGAUGAUGGAAAUUGAACCGUUUCACAGGACGAGCAAUCAGUCGGUAUAGUGGAGGGUCAAAACAAAGAGAGAAAAUUUCCAGACCUUUUUGAAGAUUUAUUACAGCUUGAUGUCCAUUUUGGAAAGCUAGAAAUGUUUACUGUAUCUUGAAAGGGAAACAUCAAUCCUAUAUUAAAAUGAUAGCUAGAAAUCUGACUGAUUGCUGUCACUGGAAACGAGUCGAAUUAUCUGCCUUUUUUUUUUUUUUUUUGUCGUUGUUUUGUUUUUUUUUUGGUUUGUUUGUGUGUUCAAAUAUGAGUAUUUCUGUUAAUAACACACUUUGUCUCCCCAAUUUAAGAACACUAAAAUAACAAUUAUAAAUAUUUGGUUAAUUAGCUUGAUUAACAAACAAGCUACAUAAACAUGUCUGAAUUCUUUCUGGCAAAGAAAUUUUGCUAGAAAGGUUUUAGACCUUAGACCUAUCCAAGAACACAUCUCACAGUUGAUGACUCACAUCUCCUAGUGAAAUGGACAUCAGCUGAUCACUUUGGUCGACUGUCAAUAUGGUUGCCAUUCUAGUGCACGGUCAAAUGAUCAUCAAAAUAGAGAAGAGCUCUUGUAUGCUGUGUACCAGUGACCAUGCAGAAUUAACUUGAACAGAUACGACUGAAUAAAUUAGCAGUUAUUUCCUCACAGAUAUUGGCAUGAACAGAGAGGAGUUGACUGAAGAAAUAAUGAUGAGAUUUGCAUUUAAAUGCAAUGUGAGUGACUUUCACCUCAGGUAAUGAGCUCAAUUCGAUAAUCUGAUGUUCCUGUCGAAAAGCCUUUAACAUUUAUCAGGAACAUAAAUGUCGAAGUGCAGUGCAUCUUUUGAGUGUAGUUGUUUGGAACUGAAGUGUGAUUUUUCUUCCUUUCUUUCUUAUGAGUUCAGGAAAGUCUAGAGUUUGAAAAACGUGUGGCGGCUUUGGAAAACCCUUCACACCGUGUAUCACUGAGCACUGUGCUGAAACUGAUUCAGUUCUAUGUGGUUUGUUACUGAAAAGAAGUGGUCACUUUUUUUCCAAUUUUGAUUACUAAAUUUAUAAUUUGUUUACAUUUUUGCUUUUCAUGUAAUUGACGCCAAUCAAAUUGAUACAAAAAAAAAAAAAAUACAAAUUUUGUUUGUGAAAUUUUUAAGUGACCAAUGCAUUAGAACUAAAUAUUAAACAGAGCACUGGUCUUUCAGGUUUUAAAAAUACAAUAGAAAAUUUAUGCUGGGUGGCAAAUAUUUUUGCUAGUUUUGUACCGAUAAUGCUGAUGACCCCAAGUAAACUUCAGAGCGCGAAAUCAAGCGUAUGUUCGGCUAUAAGUAUACAUUAUCUUACCAAACAAUUAACUAAAUAUAACACGAGUCCUAUAAUAGUCCAAUAAAUGAAAAUGACCAAAAAACAUCCUGUAAGAUGACAAGUUCUUGUAGCCCAUAUCAUUCAUGACCUACUUUUUUCUCAGGUUGCAAAUAGUUUUAAUUAAUUUUAUUUCCUCAUUGUGGACAGCUUCAGAAUUGGUCCCUGAUCCAAAAACUGAAAAUAUCGAGUCUACUACUUUUACCAUUGUAUGUUCUAUGCAUCUUUACCUUCUGAUUCUGCACAGUAAGCAGUUUGUGAAACUUUACCUGUUGAAAAAGGUUUAUGAGCAUUUGUGUCCUGACAAAUCUGAGGCCUUGGACUGACCUUUCUUUAUUUAUUUUCCUCCAUUUUUCCACUGUGACUGAUUUUCUUUCUUUUUGUGAUGUGCAAGACUGCGUGUAGCUCUUCUUUUCUCAUGUAGCAUCUCCUCCUGGUUACUGCACAAAUGCUGCAUUUCUAUGUCGAUUUGUACGUUCAGAUAAAAUUAAAAUGAUUUUAUAUUUUGCAUCAAAACAA